UUUUUCUUUUUUUUUUUCGGGCUCUCUAUUUUGUCCACAUCCUUUUUCUUUUCCUCCCUCUUUCUUUUUCAGUUACUCAUACUUUUUUUUUUAUCAUGCAUUAUCCUUCAGCUAUUUAUCCUUUAAAAGGGUUUAUAUUCUUUAUUCAACAUCCCAAAGAAUUAUGGCUCAAGACGUUGUUACCUUUACUUUUGACACUUGGAUUUGGUAUUGUAUCUCUUGUGGUCGCCAUUGUUUAUCUUCUUCCUUGGCAAGUCCAUUCUUUGGAACAAGCUCAUUGGCCUAGUUGGAUAGCUUGGUUUGUGGCUAUUAUACUUGUCAUCCUUGAAUCUGCCAUCUUUGAUAUUCUUUGUUACGCCAUUUUGCUUCCUUUCUUCCAAGAUGCUGUAUUUGAUGCCACUCUUCAAGCUCGUGGAUUAUUGGAUCGUAUAUCUAUUGAACAAACCGAUCCUAUUUGGAUUAAAUGUGGUCGUAGUCUUUCCUCUAGUAUCAUUUUUAUCUUUUUUGUAGUCUUGGCACGGGUCUUGGUUUUGAUCAUUACAUUACCAUUGAAUUUGAUUCCUAUUAUUGGUACUAUUCUCACUUGUUAUAUCAAUGGAUUUCCAGCAUGUUGGGGAUUGACAAUUCAUCAUGAUCUUGAACUGAGAGGGAUGAAAGUGAGACAAUCUCUUCGUGGAGCAUGGUCUCAUCGAUUGGCAUAUAUCAACUUUGGUGCUUUACAAACCUUUUUGGAAUUGAUUCCCAUUGCCAACUUGAUAUUCAUGUGGACUAAUAUCGUAGGUGCUGCUCUUUGGCUUGGUGAUGAAUUUGAACGUUCUGAACAAAGUAUUCCUUCAAAUGAAGCUUCUGUCACUUCUAUUUAUCCUUCUGUCCGUGGUGAUAAUUCCGUGGUACCUUCCAUCAAUAGUAAUGAACAUACUCGCUUAAUUCAACAAAAAGAUCAAGGUUAUGGUUCAUCUACAAUUUAGAUUCCCCUCGUUUUCUAUUCCAGUCAUUUUAUCAUCCCCUUCCUGAUUGAAUCCUUU